UUUGGCAUAAAAAGUAAAAAAAACGGAGCUGAAGCAGACAAGUGAACAAGCUACUAGGAAAAGAAGACUGUAAACUAAGUUAGAUUUGGACUAAGCUCGUGCAAGUAUGGCCAAAGGAAGGAAAGGUGGUGGUUACCGUGUGGAGAGAGAGAUCCUGGAUGAAGAGAGACUGGAGGAGCUGUCUCGGAGGCUGGACAUCUCACAGACUCGCAUUCCGUUCGCCUCUCGCCUGAAAAACUCACUCAGGUGUUCUGUUCCCUCACUGAAGCGUAGGGUGGUGGGCUGUUUGCCUGUGCUGUACUGGUUGCCUCGUUAUUCCAUUUGGGACAAUGGCAUGCCUGACCUCGUCUCUGGGAUCAGUGUGGGCAUCAUGCAUCUGCCACAGGGAAUGGCCUAUGCUUUGCUGGCUUCUCUGCCUCCAGUGUUUGGACUCUACACCUCCUUUUAUCCUGCACUUGUUUAUUUCUUCUUUGGCUCCUCCAGGCACAUUUCUAUAGGCACAUUUACAGUUCUCAGUAUAAUGGUGGGGAGUGUUACAGAGAGACUGGCCCCGGAUACAGACUUCCUGAUCAUGAACGGCACUAAUGUAACAGCAGAGGUGGACAUCACUGCUAGAGAUCAGUACAGAGUCCAGGUUGCUGCUGCCACUACUGUACUGGCAGGAUUAAUACAGGUGAUUCUGGGCUUGGUUCAGUUUGGCUUUGUGGGUACGUAUCUGUCAGAGCCGUUAGUGAGAGGAUAUACCUCAGCAGCUGCUGCACACGCUGUGGUGGCACAGUUAAAGUACAUCUUUGGAGUGUCUCCCACCCGCUUCAGUGGGCCGUUCUCCCUGGUGUAUACACUGGUGGAUGUGUGUACGCUCCUGCCCAGUACUCAUCUGCCCACUCUUUUGGCCAGUGUGGUGUCCAUCAUAGUCCUUAUCACUGCCAAAGAACUAAACAAUAGGUUCAGCAAGAAACUUCCAGUACCCAUACCGGUGGAGCUGAUUGUUAUUGUGGUGGGAACAUUAAUAUCAUUCUACACUCAUCUAAAUGAGACCUUUGAGAUUUCAGUAGUGGGGGAGAUCCCCAGUGGUCUUCAGCCCCCCACUUUGCCAAACACCAGUUUCUUUUCUGAGGUGGUGGUGGAUGCCUUUGCCUUGGCGAUUGUGGGCUAUGCUAUCUCUAUCUCUUUGGGCAAAACAUUUGCUCUCAAACAUGGCUACAAAGUGGACAGCAAUCAGGAGCUGGUGGCUCUGGGGCUCAGUAAUGCAGUUGGAGGAUUUUUCCAGUGUUAUUCUGUCUGUGCCUCAAUGUCUCGUAGUCUCAUACAGGAGACCACUGGAGGCAGAACACAGAUGGCAGGUGUGGCAUCAGCUGUGAUAGUCUUGGUGACUGUGUUGAAGUUGGGCCCACUGUUUCAGGAACUGCCAAAGGCGGUGCUUUCUGCCAUUGUCUUUGUGAAUCUGAAAGGGAUGUUCAAGCAGUAUGCUGACAUUGCCACACUGUGGAGAAGCAGCAAGAUUGAUCUGUUGGUGUGGUUGGUGACAUGGGCGUCUACUGUCUUCUUUAAUCUGGAUAUGGGUCUGGGAGCCUCCAUUAGCUUUGCCCUGCUCACUGUUAUCUUCAGAACACAGAGGCCCAGGUACUCUGUGUUGGGGCAUCUUCCUGGUACUGAGCUUUAUUUGGACAUGGAGACACAUAAAGAGGUCAGGGAGAUACCAGGGAUCACCAUAUUUCGCUCUUCAGCCACCAUAUACUUUGCUAAUGCUGAACUCUACCUGGAAGCUCUCAAACAAAAGAGUGGCUUGGAUAUCACUAAGAUGAUCACUUACAAGCGCCGACAGGAAGCCAAGCAGAGAAAAAGAGAGAGGAGAGCAGCAAGAAGAGCGAGGAGAGAAGCAAAAAGACAGAAACAAGCUCUCAGAGCGGCCUCUCAGCGAUCCAAAGGGGGCGUGUUCUCAGUUGAAGAAGAGGCGGGGCAGUUUAAAGAAAGGAGCGGAGACCUUGUCCAAGACGAUGAACUAAGUUGGAAGGAGCGUGAAAACAGUACAGUUUUUGUUAUGCCUGAGACACCACACAACAGCUGGGUGUACCUGAAGGGCACAGACCCUGAGACCACUACUUUAGGGUCGCUGUCAGAUUUACAAGACGGGGACAUCACCACUCUGGAGUCCAGCAGUGAGGACACCCUCAGCAGAGAUCUGGAGAGAGUGUCUCUGGGAUCACUGGGUAAAUGGACGUGGGACAUCCACUCCAUCAUCCUGGACCUUUCUCCAGCCAACUUCAUUGAUACAGUUGCAAUAAAGACCCUGAGAAAUAUAUUCCAUGAUUUUGGAGAAAUUGAUGUGGAUAUCUAUGUGGCAGGCUGUCAAGCCCCGGUGGUGGAACAGCUGGAGCAAGGUGGAUUCUUUUCUGACAUCGGAAAAGAGCGUCUCUUCACUACAGUGCAUGAUGCAGUGCUGUACUGCCUCAACCACCGUGGUGCCGGAACUCUGCCAAACUACGAAACAACAGUGGAUAUGAACAGCACCAAAUUAUGAGAAGGAGUGUCCUAACUACAUCUGCUGCUGUCUGUUCCUGUCACACACAUCCACUGCACAUCCAGAUUUCAGCAGUAACAUAUUAGUGAAACAACAGUAAUAUCUGAUAUAUAGAUAAAUAUACAGCAAUAAAUAACAAAAUCUGGUACUGUCACUGUUUACUACAUAGAUAUAAGUUUAGCAGCUCAGUACAACAUAACAUAUGUGUGCCUUGUAUUUACUUGAACACUGAAGCAAGGGGAUCAUAAAUGGGGCUGGUCCCUGAAUUUUGUGAAUUGUGCAAUCCAUGUUCAUGUGUAUUUGGAUUUGCUAUUUGUAUUAUGGCAGGACGAGUGAAAAUAUAUGAAAAUACAAUAUAAUCAUUUUCAUUUUUAUUUUAAAUUAUUUUAGAGCACAGUUCCCAAUAAAUACUGACAAUUA